GUAAAUUCCUAGUUUCUAUUCGGACUCCUAAACGUUUUGCACUAAAAGCGUGUUGUGUUCUCCACAAGUGUCCAUGCUGUUUAAUGGUUGUAAAAUACGUGCGGCCACCAUUAAAAUAACUGAGGGCAUUUAUUUUUGCUCUCUUUAAGUGUAGCGCGUCUCCAGCGGGUUGUUGUCGGGGAGGAUAAUAACAGAACAGAACCGGGUCUGGGUUUGAUUAACGAACCAAGAUGAAGAUCAAACGACAAAAACAAGCAAAGAAGACGAUCAGCUUCUAUAAAUACAACUUCAGCUUCAGGGAGCCUUUUCAGAUCCUCAUUGACGGAACUUUCUGCCAGGCGGCGCUGAAGAACAAAAUCCAGAUCAAGGAGCAGAUGCCCAAGUAUCUGAUGGGAGAAGUCCAGCUCUGCACUACAAACUGUGCUUUGAAGGAGCUUGAGAUUAUUGGGAAACAGCUUUAUGGAGCUAAAAUCAUCCUGCAGAGGUUUCAGGUCCGGAAAUGUGCACAUCUCAAAAACCCAGUUCCAGCCUCUGAGUGCCUGCUGUCAAUGCUUGAGGAGACUAAUCCACACCACUACUUUGUUGCUACUCAGGACCAUGCAGUAACUGCUGGACUUAAAAAGAUCCCAGGCGUUCCUCUGCUCUACAUCAUUCUCAAUACCAUCGUGCUCGACAAGCCCAGUCAGACGUCCCUCAACCACGUCCAAGCCGUUCAGCUGGGGGAGCUGGUGACCCCUGCCCAGCAGCAGAGCAUCCGCAGCCUAAAGGAGGAGCAGGGCAUCAAAGACGGGGAGAGGCGGGGGAAAAAAAGGAAGAGGAAACAGAGCAAUCCAAACCCUCUGAGCUGCCUCAAGAAGAAAAAGAAAGGCGUGCCGACAUCAUCGCUGAAGAAGACGGAACCAGGAGAGAAGAGGAAAAGAAGUCGACACAAGAGAAGAAAAGCGGCAGGAGGAGACGACACGGCUGCUCCUGCAGUUUCAAAUACGUAGUGAAACAAGACAAAGAGUUUUUGUUUCCUGAACAUGAAGUACUGAGCAAUAGUUUUACCUGUCCCUCAACAUGAAAUUCCAAUACUCUUCCUGAAUAUUCCGAUGACAGUAUCAAUUUCCAUUAACCCAGGGUUACCUGACUCUGCCUUUUCCUUCAUCACAAUAUCCCCACCUCUUUGUGAGCCUAAGCAUCUUCGCCACUAAAAUAUAUAUCAAGUGUGGGCAUUGAGUGCAGUGGAGGUUCACAAAACAGGCCAAAUAUGGUAUUGGCAUAUAGAAUUUACAUGAAUGGGAGCCUCCAAAUCAUGCUCAAUCACCCAGUCCUUAGCUAUCAAAAUACUGCCCAUGCUGAUAUUUCAAUGUAUUGUGCUGCUCUAGAUUCCUUAAAUGCCAGAAUGAUUCAUAUGUUAGAGUUAAAGGGUUCCUAUGCUUUUCUCAUGUCCAUAUUCCACACUUCUCCAGUCCUUUUAAAGCAAAUUUUUACAGUAUAAAUACAAAAAAGAUCUCUGUUUAUGGUUCAUAUUUUUACUGGGAUCGCUUAAAGUUGCAGACAUGGAUAGUUGGUUGAAUUAUCAACGCGUAGAAGGAUAAGACGAUGGGUAGAUUGUUGGUUAGGAUGAUGGACAAAUGAAUAAAUGGAUGGAUGAACAGGUGGAUGGAAUGAGACUGAGAUGAAUGGAUGGUUGGUUGGAUGAUGGCCCGAUAAAUUAAUGGAUGGAAGAUGGAAUAGUUUAUGACAGACAAAUGGAUGGCUGGAUAUAGAUAUUAAAUAUUUUUCCUCAAUAUUUUCUGGUGUAAAACCAUUCACUUUUUAUUUAUUUUUUCCAGUCAGAAGAUAAAUCAGAAUGAGCUAUUUCUCA